AUGAAUAAGGGAGUUAUAUACUUUUUUAUAAGUAUUACAUUCUAUCUUCGACUUAUUACAAUAUGCUACGUAAUUAAGAUUACAGAUAUAGUUAACUUACCCAUCUACAGAACAGUACUUUUAAAAUCAAUUUUAAUGGCCACUUACACUUACUGUUAUAUUUUUUAUAUUGUCCUUACGAAAAAUAUAUUCCAACUUAAACUGUACAAAAUUUUUUUACUGAUAAACAUGAUAGACAUUUAUUUUUUAUUUACUUGUUUAAAUAUAAAUUAUUAUAUUAUAUUUGUAUAUCAAUUUCUUUUAAUUCUAGAUAUUUUUAUAGAGAUGUACUGUGUACAAACAUUUUAUAUGGAAUUUAUGAAAUUGUACGUAAAAAAAGCUGGUGUAAAUUUUUUUACAUAUAAAGCGUACAUUGCGAAACAGAAAGCGAAGUUUUGUAUUAUAAUUUAUAUGAUGCAUUUGUUAUUAGAAAUGUUUUUUGAUCGCUCGAUGGUAGAUUUUAGUAAGCUGGUGCUUAUAUUCAUUCUUUAUUUAUCAUUUUUUAAAAACAACUUAAAGUCUAAUUUUAUACGUUUAACAAUUGUUACUAAAAUGUUACAUAUAUUAUCUAAUCUGUACAUUUUACUGACUAAUACUAGAUUUCAUAAUACAAAUGUUCUUUAUAGGGCUGUAUUUGGUGAUCAACAAAAACUAAGUUGUUAUUGUAAAAUAAUAACAUCAACUAUUAAUUCAUCACUAAUAGAAGGUUUAAAUAACUUGUAUGAAAUGAUGUUAUUGUGCUUUUUAAUAUAUUAUUGUAUUAAAUCAAAAUAA